AGCGGUCACAAACAUAAUAUUCUACCUACAUGGCGGCAUAACCUCGCUCCCCGCCGUUAAGCUGGACGGGUCACAUACAAUCUACAACGGUGACGGAUAUGCAGAGCCGACGUGAUGAUGUUGAUUGAAGCAAAGUUUCAAAACGGGCAGCAGCACCGACGAAACGUACCAAGCGCGGCAAUUCCGCUGCGCUGACUACCGUCGUGACACAGCAUUGCGCAUGAUAUGAAAGAGACGGGGACUGCAUUCCGACUUCGUGGGUUGCAGCUCUGUUGCGUCCGCAUGUCACACGCCCGCACAUAUAGAAAUGAAAUCUUUAAAAAAUCUCGUGGCUCUCGUGGCUCUCGUGGCUGCGGGACGGGCAAAACGGGCAGACGGGUUAUCGUCGGUUCCAAGAACCAAGGUCCAUACAUACCUACAUAACCUACCUACAUUAAAAAAACGAGGCUUGGCGAGCUGGGCUGAAGGCUCUCUGCACAAUCUGCGUCAUUCCUUGGAUGGUAAACGCUUUUCUGUCAAGUCCCCCGUACCGGCCAUUCGGUUCAUCUCAAAAUACCCCAGUUGUAUGCUAUUUCCGUUGUCCAAUCCCACUUACUUCUGGUCACCCAUUGUUGGGGGUCGUCUAUUUUUUUACUCUCCGAUUACCUUCUUUAGCCUCGCUCACGAACCAGCCCAGGGGAAAAAUAAAAUAAUAAUAAAAAAAGGCUGUGGGUUCCAACUUAUCCUUCACCGCUGCUUGGACGCAGACUGCCAGGCCCAUUCGCUCAGAUCCUCGGCAGGCUCCACCGUUCAGUUUUUUUUGGUGUGUGGUGAAAUUGCCAAUGAGGUCGACGCUCAUAACCGGCCAGCUUUAUUAGCUUUAUUAGCUUAUUAGCUUAUUAUUGAACGGCUUAAACCCAAGAAGGAAAGGUUCACAGCCCUUUUAUUCUUUGCUUCUACAGACACCAUACAUAGUACCUGCUACUAUGUAGCAAAGUUGGCGGAUACCGGGAGCUCUGGAGCGGCUUUCUACUGCCAAUGUACC